AUGAGGAGAAGGAAGAGAGAGGCGGUGAGAGUGCGCCGCGGCUCUCAUUCUAUGUGGGAAUGCUGCACGGCGUGUGGCGGUAUUGCUCUGAAAUGCCGCACCAUCACGCACGAGGACGUGGCACGGAGUGGAAUAUCUUUUUUUUGUCUGCGUGUCUGCUGCUGUGGGUGUGGGUGUGUUUGCGUCGGACUUGUCGGCACGAUGGCCGCAGCGUGUGGCUGCCACUUUGUUCUCUUGGAGAAUAUGCUGCCACGCCUUUACGUGUGUGUUGUUUCGGGGACAAUGUGCCGGCGGCUGUGCGAUUGCCGGAUGGAGGGAGAGGAGUGGAGGGAAUUGCGUGAGUGCAGCGGUCAAGAGUCGCGCUGGGUGUCUCGCCGCGGAGGGGAUUGCCCACCCAGCCCAGCACCGCUCCUGUCGGGCACCCUCUCUCUCUCACACUGCAGGAUUGUAAUCGACGCCGGCAGCACGCAGCGAGGCAGCGGAUGCCGCCACCGCCACGAGUGCGACCGGAAGGGGACACUUCAGCUGUUGCGUUCUGAGGGGGCAAUCUGUGUGGCACAGUGGCGUGCCCACAACCCCCUCGCGGACUCCGCACAAGACACCGGGCACUGGCCGCGGAGUGUUUGCGUCAUGGGGGACACUGCGGCUGCUUCCCUCCUCCUUUCAGGUGGACGGACGCCUGUUUUUACUCUUUUUCCCACCCAGGCGGAUGGCUGCGCGAUGGCACCACAACAAAAUGAGGCAUUCGUUUUCACCAUGGAGGGGCAUUAUCUGUGA